ACACAAUAGUUGCCUUUCCCUUUAACAAUGAUGCCCAUUUGCCUACUCUUCAACAAGGCUUCUUCUUCUUUCCUAUCUCCCUAUAGCCCUUUCUGCAAAAAAUAGACCUUCAGAUCUCCCAUCGUUUACUACAAGGGCAUAGAAAAACAAAUUGGAAACAAGUAGCUGCUCAAGGAUCAUGUCUGAAUCGAAUCACUUAUGUUACGUUCGUUGCGAUAGUUGCACUGCUGUUAUGGGGGUGAACCUUCCCUGUGAGAAUCUAUUCAAUGCGAUGACAAUACAGUGUGGGCAUUGCACUUGCCUCUUGUGGGUUAAUGCGAAAGCUUCCCCUCUCACUUUGGGCCAGACUUCCACUUCCAAUACCAAACUACUUCUAAACAAGAACUUCAACUACUCUGAAAUUGGCAAUCAUGAGGUGAUCUCUUCAGACAGCGACAGUAAAAGAGAAUCAACUACGAGUACCUGCAAAGUUCCAGAGAAAAGACAACGGGAGCCAUCUGUUUAUAAUCGCUUCAUCAAAGAGGAGAUUCAGAGGAUUAAAGCUGCCAAUCCUGAUAUAAGUCACAAGAAAGCUUUCAGCACAGCUUCCAAAAAUUGGGCUCUUGUUCCUUACAUGCACUUUGACCUCUCUCAGGAUGGCAACAAACAAGCUUGAAUGCAAGGGGGAAAGGAUGCGUUUACUUGAACAAAAUGUAUUUAAUAGGCUGGUUGCUAUAUUUAUAUUGGUGGCUUUGACCAGCCUCCUCAAACACUUUGAAUCAAAAUCCCUAUUCUUGCAUGAAUUGUGGAAGAUAGUUAAAAGACUUUCAAAAGAAACUUGUAGUUUUUGUUUUAUGAGGUCAUUUUCAUUGCUGGAUAAUCAAAUUUUCAAAUUUGAAUUUAUGAGACAUAUGUUGAUAGA